UUUAUCUAACAGCUGUGUCUCCAGGUUUCUGCUUUGGUGGAAGAUGGCAAUGAUGGUCGUUUUGGCAGCAGUGCUUCUCACUUAUGGAGUCUCUACAGGAAUUGCAAUGAAGGCCGGUGAAUCUGGUGCUGUAGCUGGGAAAAACAGUGUGCUUCCACUGGACAUGGCUAAAAACUCUGUUGACGACAGCUACAGUGGGUGCCGAGAACAAAUGAAGAAGGUGGUAAAAUACUACCUGCAGAAUGAGAAGAACAUAAACCCAACCUUCAAAGCGGUCUGGGACCGCUCAGAGAAAAUUGUCCGCACAAAAUUUAACAACUGGUCUAAAAAAGUACUGAAAAAAGAUCAGAUUGUAGCUCUUUAUUCUUACACCUCUGACAAAGUCUAUCGUGAUUUCAACAAUGCAGUUCGAACCCAGGGACCUCAGUACAAGACCAGAUUCGGGUAUCACGCACUUCACUUUCUCCUGACUACUGCCAUUCAAGCUAAAAGUGCCAAUAGGAAAAAACGAUGUCUCACUGGCUACCGUAGAGUCAACAGGUACUUUCGCCAAAAUGUUAAAAACAGACAUAUUCGAUUUGGCUCUUUCACCUCAGCCUCACAGGGUCAUUACAGCGAUGCAAAGACGUUCGGAGAAAAGUCAUGCUUUCAGAUUUUCACGUGCAUGGGAGCAGAUAUCUCCCGCUAUUCUAAAUACCCGCAAGAAAGAGAAGUGCUGAUUCCUCCCUAUGAGGUCUUUAAAGUCGUAGAGAUAAAGAAGAGGUCAGCAAUGCAGCCAAACCUUCCAUGUAAGGUGGUCUAUAAAGUGAAGAGUACAGGCUAUGUUUCCAAGUUGAAUUGCGCUCUUUUUAAGAUGUAAACACUUUCACGUUUUACAUACAAUUAACAAAACAUGUAAAAAUCAGGAUGCACCAUUUUAAGAUUAAUGUGAAUCUGGAUUUAUUUGUUAACAAUGACAUUUUCUACUGUGCAACAAGUGUUUAAUAGAAAUUAACACUAGCUGCAUAAAAAUGGACCCUUACAAUUGUGUCAUUGUUAAACUGAAUCUGUUUUAAAAUGUUUAAAUGAAUAACAAUAAUUUAAAUGUUGGAAUACAUUGUAUUAUUGCCCAUGUCACCUGUAUUUAAAUUGGAUGCAUAACCUGUCCCAUAUACAAAGUUAAUGUAUGAAAACUGUCUUAAAAAAUAAUUAAACACACUCGUGUUUC